GUUUCAUUUUACGCCAGCAUUGAGCAAGCACGUCCCGGCAAAGUCUGCGACAUGAUUGCGAUUUGUGGGAAAGCUAAGUAUGACAGAGCCAAGGACGGGCCUCGCGAUCGCAUACUAACAGGAUGGCUGUUUCAAGCAUCCAAUGAACCUCUAGCCGUGACUCAAUCGAGUGGCGAUGUGCGCUACAUCAGGGACGCUCGUGAUAACCCGAUUCUCGCUGCUCGGUGUCGAUUUGGCAUCUUUCGACCAUUCAAGACAGCCUUGCCAAGUGUCAAUCCUGGUGAUGUGCUCGUGCUGCGCGAGUUCAGGAUGGAGACAAUCGGGGAGGAGCCCUAUCUUCGCAGUAAGGAUAGUUCUAGCUGGGCUGUGGUAUCGUUUCCAGUGUAUGCGUAUAGUGCUGCUGCUCUGAAGCACGCGUCUCCGGAAGAUGAUGCAGCCUUGGCGGCCCAAGCAGAGGUGGCGGUGAGUGGGCCUCCGAUUGAGUACUCUGAUGAAGAGCUGGUUCAUGCCAUGCGACUGAAGCGUUGGUAUGAGCAUUUUGGCAAACUUGUGCCCAUCGUAGAUACGUAGAUGAGCAUAAAUAGUCGUAGCAGCGUCUUGGAUUGGAUCAACUUUCAAUUGAAGUGCAAGAGC